ACACACUAACCCCGACCCACACACACACACUAACCCCCCCGACCCACACACACUCCACCUGUCCCGUCCUCCUCUCUCCAGGCCGUAUAUUUUAAACUUCACUGUGGAUUCUCCAAGGACCAUCCUGUCAACAAUGACAUCACACAGUCACCAAGAGGGACUCCUGGGCAAGGAGCAGCAGCUGGAUGUCCUGAAGACAUCUGCCCUCAACCACAUCCCCACAGUGGACAUUAACUCUGCCCUGCCCCUGCGUCUGCCCCCGGCUGCCAUCCCCAUGGACCUACGCAUUGACCAGCACCAUCACCAGCAGCAGCAGCAGCUGUCCAUGUCUCCUUCUGCAGCCCAGGUGUCUGCAGCCCAGGCGUCUGCAGCCCAGGCGUCUGCAGCCCAGGCGUCUGCAGCCCAGGCGUCUGCAGCCCAGGCGUCUGCAGCCCAGGCCAGAGAGCAGCAGCUUCAGCAGGAGCUCCUGUCCCUGAAACAGAAACAACAGAUUCAGAGACAGCAUCUCAUCGCUGAGUUCCAGAGGCAACAUGAGCAGCUCAACCGCCAGCAUGAAGCCCAGCUACAGGAACAUGUUAAGCACCAGCAGGAGCUCCUGGCCCUGAAACAUCAGCAGGAGCUGUUGGAGCACCAGAGGAAGAUGGAGAAGCACCGUCUGGAGCAGGAACUGGACAAACACCAGAGAGAACAGAAACUACUGCUGCUCAAGAACAAGGAGAGAGGACAGGAGAGUGCAGUGGCCAGUACGGAGGUGAAGAUGCGACUGCAGGAGGUUUGUGCUGAACAAGAAGAAGGCUCUGGCCCAGAGGAGUCUCAACCACGGGGGGUUGCCCAACGACCCCCGCUACUGGUACGG